AUGGGGUCACCGUACCUCAUGUCCCUGGGAUUCAGCAAGCCGCUGAUUCCCUUCGUCUGGCUUGCAGGCCCACUUGCCGGUGUGGUUGGGCAACCAUAUUUCGGCCUGUGUAGCGACCAGUGUCGUAUCCGCUGGGGUAGGCGAAAGGCUUUCAUUGCAGGAGGUGCCAUCGUCAUUGUAUUUUCCCUGCCUGCGCUGGCGUGGUCAGCAGAAAUUAUACACACGAUUGCGUGGAUUGUAAGCGAAAGGCAGGAUCAUUAUGUCCUGCAAACGAUGAUCAAGACAACAGCUGCUAUCCUCAUAUGGGUCCUGAACUUCGCCAUCCAGCCUCUUCAAUGCGGGCUCCGUGCUCUCAUUGUCGAGGCUUGCCCCCCGGAGCAGAUGGAUACCGCCAACGCGUGGGCUAGUCGUAUGAUCAGCAUAGGGAGCCUACUAGGCUAUGGCUCGGGUUUCGUGGACCUCUCGCAACUGAUGCAUAUUGGAGGCGGGCACACGCAGUUCAAGACCCUUGCCGUAUUAGCGGCUUGCGGCUUGGCCGCCACGGUCUCUGUAUGCUGUUGUGCGAUCCGGGAGCGAGAUCCAAAUGAGGAUGGGCCGCCUAGCAAAGAACUCAAGAGCAUGGUUGGCAAAGUUAAGCACAUAUACGGCAGUAUUUUCAAGAUACCGCCGCAGGUUGCUAUGGUUUGCAAGGUACAGCUUUGUUCAUGGAUAGGAUGGUUCUCGUUCAUGUACUACAUUACGACAUACAUUGGUGAAAUAUAUUUGAGAGACAUUCAUCCUGUGGACCUCGCAGCCCAGAAAAGGGCAAAUCAACAUGGGUCGCUCGCACUGCUCAUGUUCGCAUUUGCUCAACUAAUUUCCAGCAUCAUAGCCCCCUCUCUCAUCACCAAGCCAGAGCAGGACUUACACUCAAUCCCAGACACAUUCAGCACACGUAGGACAGCACUACCCCGAUUCCUAGCCAGGCAGCUCAGCACGUCCUGGUCCUCAUUGUGUGGCCUAUGGGUGCUCUCACACGCCAUCUUCGCAGCUUGCAUGUUCAGCACGAUCUUCGUGAGCAAAAGCAUCGUGGCCGCCACCACAUUGGUCGCAUUCGUAGGCAUCAGUGCCGCAUUGUCGCAGAUUGUGCCCUUUACUCUAAUUAGCCUCAUCCUCUCGCGGCACCAUGAGCGAGCCAUCUACCGCGCCCCUUCCUCCGAUCUCUCGCAUGAGAUCACAACGGAAAAGUCCACGACGAAUUAUGAGACCCAGCCCGGUAUUGUCAUGGGCAUACAUAAUAUGUCAAUCGCAGCCCCGCAGCUGAUUGCAGCUUUGGGAAGCAGCGUUAUUUUCUGGAUGCUCGGAACCGAUGGCCAUGGCGGCGACGAAAGCAGGAGCACCGCCUGGGUUCUGCGUGCGAGUGGCCUUGCGGCGUUAGCUGCGAUAUGGAUGACUCUGAAGUUACGGGAUAGGGGUUGA